GUAGGUGAAGCUCAACUCACUCACGAGCUUCAGAACGAAGCAGGUGUCCAACAUGGCGAACACGAGCAACGGAUCUCUCGCUACUCUCCUCCUUUUAUUCACCAUUUCAGCAGCUAUCCAUACAGGAGCUGCUCAGUUUGCAGUACAAAGCCAGAACCUCGUAGCGGACAACGUGUCGGUGGUGGAGGGAGAGACAGCCAUCAUCAGCUGUCGAGUCAAAAACAACGACGACUCCGUCAUCCAGCUCCUCAACCCCAACAGACAGACCAUCUACUUCAAGGACGUCAGACCUCUGAAGGAUGCUCGAUUCCAACUGGUCAACUUUUCAGAGAACGAGCUGCGUGUGGCGCUGUCCAACGUGUCCCUGUCAGAUGAGGGAAGAUACGUGUGCCAGCUGUAUACGGACCCCCCACAGGAGGCCUACGCCGACAUCACUGUGCUAAUCCCACCAGGAAACCCAAUCAUAGAGUCCCGCGAGGACAUCGUCAGUGAAGGAAACGAGACAGAGAUCACCUGCACCUCCAUAGGCAGCAAACCCGCCGCCACCAUCAGAUGGAUGAAGGGAGACAAAGAGCUGCCGGGGAGGUCUAAAGUGGAGGUCACGUAUGACCGGAUGUACACUGUGACUAGCUGGCUAAAGUUAACUGUCGCAAGAGAAGAUGAUGGAGUUCCUGUGGUUUGCAUUGUGGACCAUCCAGCGGUCAAGGACUUCCAGGCACAGAAGUACUUGGAAGUACUAUAUAAACCCGAGGUGAAGAUUGUGGUGGAGUUUCCGGUGGGUCUCACCAGGGAGGGCGAGAACCUGGAACUCACGUGUCAGAUUAAAGGCAAACCAGAGCCUCAACAGGUGAAUUGGGUGAAGGUGGAUGACGACGUGCCCUCUCAUGCCGUUAUCACGGGCCCAGAUCUCUUCAUCGAGAACUUGAACAAGUCGUACAACGGCACUUACCGAUGUGUGGCCUCCAACUCGGUGGGCGAAUCGUAUGAUGACUACAUCCUUUAUGUGUAUGAUGCCCUUACCACAACCCUUAAACCCACAACCACCACCACCACCACCACCAUCUCUGCCACAACCUCCCCUCCAGACAUCAUACAAGACGCUGCGCCCAGCACCGAAGCAGCAGCUCACGACUCGCGAGCAGGAGCAGAAGCACAGAGAUCCGUGGACCACGCGGUUAUCGGAGGGGUGGUGGCCGUCGUGGUCUUCGCCAUGUUGUGUCUCCUCAUCGUUUUGGGCCGAUAUUUCGCAAGACACAAAGGCACCUACUUUACGCACGAAGCCAAGGGGGCGGACGACGCGGCGGAUGCCGACACGGCCAUCAUCAACGCCGAAGGGGGUCACAACAACUCGGACGAGAAAAAAGAGUACUACAUCUGAAUCCAGAGGCCUCCGUCGUUAUGAAAUUUUUCUUUGUUUGGUGGGCGGGAGGGAGGGCGGGGCAUGAGGGAUCGCAAUGAAGAAGUGUUUUUAUUUCUUGGUUUUGAUCUUUUCCUGGGGAUUGAAUGAUGGAGAAUGCUACCCGGGCAGCUGAGAAGAUGUAGGUAUUUGUGUAACAGAGGUCAAGGGCGGUCUGGGUCGCGGGUGGGUUGGGGUUACCAGACGUUGCCAGAUAAAGAGUGUAGAAAGCAUCACCACACAGCACCUCCCCAACUGCUGGUACUUUUGUUCAUUUUUCGACCAUUUUGCAGAAAACUUCUGUGCCUUGUUCUGAAUUUCUUUUCUGAGUCAUGCUUUAAAUGCCAUUUAUCAUGUUGCACUCCCAAGUCCCUCCUUCCCAAACACACACGUACCAUCAUUUCUAUUAUCAACGUGCUGAAGGUACAUGAGGGUUGCACACACACACACACACACACACACGCACGCAUCACCUCGAUACAUUCCCCCAUGCACUGUGGACUCUUCUCUCUCACUCAGAAUGUCAUAUCAUCUAUCCUCUGCACUAUAUUCACAUCAGUGUUUUGAUUUUCUUAAACCAGGUCCAGAACACACAUCAUCUGAUGCCUUUAGCACCAUAAGCACUCAAGUUCAAAACAUAAGUUUCCUUCCCGUUCGGCAACUUUUGAUGAGACCAGUGAAGAAUUCAUCACUGCGCCUGUUUUCAUUCUGAAAUGUAGAGUCUGCAUUGCUGCAUUACCGUUUACUUGAUUUGUUUUUCUUUUGAAAUAAUAUGUGCCAGUACAUUUGAAGCAUCGCCGGCGUUCAGAAUGAGCAUAGGUGCAGACAAAUGAUUCUGUCGACAUGCCAUGCUGCGCAUAUGGAGGUUUAUCGUCCCGUUCCGCUCAGAUAGAUACAGCUCUCGCAGAUAUUUAUUGUUUCCAUAUAAUGAUGUCUUAGGUUUCCUUGGCAUUUUCAUCCAGAAAUGUUUUCGCAAAUGACAAAAGAGUCGCCGAGAAAAGGUCUAAACGCUCUCGCUUACGUUUGUUAGCUUAGCUUUGUGCGUUUGUUUUAUUUUAUGCCGGGCUGGUGAAGGUGACCCUUUAGCACACAUCUAUACGACUACCUAAUAUAGUGAGCUGUUUUCAAUGUCAAGAGCGGGAGAGAGAACCACCACCAUCAUGUUUGUAGAUUAUCCGAGAGAUAGUUUGGGAGCGAUUUGAUUAUAAAAACUUUACUACCUUAAAAUGCAUUUUAACAGCCAAAAAACAUCAACACACGUGUAUGUUCAUUGCAGGCAAGUCAGUGGGGAUGUGACAUUGAUGUUGAGCAGGCUAACAAGUGUGUAAUGGUAUACGAUCGCCCAUAUUUCUGAGGAAAUGGUGGCCAUUGCAGCUAGCUUAUCCUAGUGAUAUUUGACUAGAAACUGCCCAGAUGUCUCAGACCCUACGGUGCGAAAUACAACCACACCGCCACGCCGAAAUCAUUUCAACAUGAUGUGUAAACAAUGUGUGUUUUAUUGUUUGUAAUUGCCGUUUCUCCACCGGAUUCCUGCUUGUUACGGUUUUGAGGGGUCGAAACGAGUUUAGUGAACAGGGUGUCGCUGUACACUCUUCUAUUACCAAUAAAUAGAAAAAGCUUUUAAUAACAUUCCAAAUAUUUUAGGAAAUUUGUCUACAAUGUACUUAGCUGCAUAUGUGGAUUUCCCCUACAUUUAGUCAUUUACACAUGAUGCUAACCAAAAAAUCUGACACGUCCUCCAACACUCAUGCUUCCUUCACUCUCGUGAACACAUUAGACAUUUCAGUAAAAACUAGCGACAAACGUAGACCAGGAACUGCAUCCAUUACAUAAGGUGGCUAAGAUGUCUAAACAGUAUUUCGGUUCAUUUGCUCAUGACUCUCUCUGUGGUGUAAGUGAAUUUAGAUGCCAUAGUUUAGACCCUGCUGAAAUCAAACUCAGUGUAAAUAGAGCUACAGUACGAGGUUGAAGGGGGAAAACACACUCUUGUUUGCUUUUUUAUUUAAAAGAAGAACAUCUACCGAGACGUUUAGAGUACCUGCAUUAACCAUAGGAAACGCGUUUCUUUUACUCCGUAGAAUACAAAUCAAAGGGAACGUCUUGCGGCUUGAUGGUUACCGUUGCUGUUGAGAUAUACAGUCGUGUGGCUUGUGCUUAACUAGUGAGCAUCAUUUAGCUUUGGUCUGGCAGCUUCUGAACAGGAUUUCAGAUUUCCCUUCUUCUCUUUUGCGUAUGUGAGAGACAUGACAUCAGUAUACUAAUUUGUGGUAUUUAGACUGGGCCGAUGUACAUUUUGUUAAACUUGUUAUGUUAGACCUGUUUCUAAAUGUGAUUGUGGUUUUGAACCGUAACCACUCGGAUAGCCUUUUGAGGAUGACGUUGAAGAAAAUUGAUGGGAACACAUGCUAGUGAUUUUAAAGCAUCUAUUUCGUUGUCUGUCUCUUGUACAGAAAGGUGAUAAAAGGCUGAAUUGAAAGUAUCCUAAAUAUAACUGCUUGUUUUUGAUGAAUUGUGAAUUGGGUUCAAUUUAAGUUGUGUCAUUUUUUCAUUCUGUUGUUUUUGUUUGUUUGCUUGUUUUAUUGCCCCUUGUUUGAUGCAACAGUGUUAGUAAUGUAAUUUAAUUUCAUGUCUUACAUUUGAACUGGACAGUUUGGGUUAAGCCCUGUCUCAGGUUCAUAUAUUGGCAUUCUUGUAUCUCAGGUAGAAUGCGAAGUAACGGCCCCCAUUUAAGCAUGUGAAAAAACAAAUCAAAUUGAAUCUUAAAACACUGAAUUUUGCAUUUGAAGUGCGUUUUAUGUACGUUUUGUUUAUUUGAUGCACUGUACAACAUGUACGCCGUGUACACACUAUGAGUAUUACCUUUAUAGACCUUCACAUGGAGAGAACACAAAGAGGUAUACACAGUUAUCAAGUCGACAUGUUUCUCGGUCUGGAUAAGUUUGGAUUCUUGAAAGUUUGGGACGUUUUAUCAUCAAUGUUUUUAGGUUGAGUAUUUUUUUGUCUUUCUGCUGUACUUGGGCAAUGUUACUGUGUAUUAAUGAAGAAAAAAUGAUAUCCACAUUCCCAUACACAUUUUGUAUUUGUUCAUAUUAGACAUUUUUACAAAAAAUGGAGAGUUCUUGUCUUAAUAAAAAAGAAAAGAUAUUAAUGUUCAAAGUAA